AGGCAGAGCUGGACACAGGGAGGGGUUUGGAGGAGUGGCGAUCAGGCGUUAGACUUGCUGUGGCUUGUUCUGUUCCUUAUAGAACAUUGUGCCGUAGGGCCUGUGUGUCACCGCCACAGAAGCCGGGGACUUUGCACUGACACAGAGGCAGGUGAGUAUUGGUUGCCUGUCUUCUGAAAUAGAACACAAACAAUCUCAAGCAGAAUGAGAUAUGAGCAGAUGGAAAAAAAAACAGAGAACAAGGAUUUGCAGAACAGAAUUACAUUGUACCGGAGGAUCCCUGGCACAGAUUAUAUGAAUAAGGGCACCGAAUGGCUCCUAAAAGAAAAGCAGCAGCCAAGACCCAAAGUGCAGGAAAAAACAAGAAAGCCAAGGUGAAAGCAGAGGUUAAGGAGGAGGUGAAUGAAGAAGUCAUCCAGGCCCCAGAUCGCUUUCAAAGUACCAUUCACGCCUUGAAGGCCUCCUCUGGGAAGAAAGCAAAGGCCAAGGUUGACUCAGCCUGUUCUUUAAGCCAUGUUGGUGACUGCCAGGUGUUUGAGGAUUAUGAUUGUAUGUUGAACCAGACUAAUAUCGGAAGCAAUAACAACAAAUUUUACAUAAUCCAACUCAUCGCUCAGAAUGGAAAUUACCAUUGCUGGACUCGCUGGGGUCGCGUUGGAGAGGUUGGUCAGUCCAAGUUGACUUCAUUCGCAAACCUGGAUGAUGCUAAAAAAGAUUUUGAGAAGAAGUUUAAGGACAAAACAAAGAAUUUGUGGUCACAGCGAGGGGAUUUUACGCCCCACCCUGGGAAGUACACAAUGAUCGAGGUGGAGCCUGAUGACGAUACUGAGGCAGGGGAAGCUGUUGUCAGAGCACAGGAGGUUGACAUAGUGGAUGGAGUAUGUAAGAAAGUGAAACCCUGCUCCCUGGACAAGCCAACUCAAGACCUGAUGACACUGAUUUUUAGCUCUGACAUGUUCAAGGAUGCCAUGCAGACUAUGAAUCUAGAUAUAAAGAAGAUGCCAUUGGGCAAGCUGAGUAAGGCACAGAUAGCCAAGGGCUUUGAGGCUCUGGAAGAGCUCCAGGCGGCAUUGGAUAGAAAUGAAAGCAAACAAAAGCUGAGCGAGCUGACCUCCAAAUUCUACACCAUCAUACCACAUAACUUCGGAAGGAAGACUCCACCAGUCAUUGACAGCCUGGAUGUGCUACAGGCCAAGAAGGACAUGCUACUGGUCCUUGCAGACAUUGAGUUGGCUCAGACUUUGCAGGCAGAUAAAUUAAAGCAGGAACAGGAAGCAGAGAUCACUGAAGUCCCACAUCCUUUGGACGUUGACUACCAGCUCCUGAAAUGCGAACUCAGUCUCCUGGAUCCAUCAGUGGAGGAAUACAAGAUCAUUCAAACCUAUGUGGAGAAUACGAGCUGCAGUUAUUAUCGGCUGAAGAUUCUGAAUGUGUGGUGUGUUAACAGAGAGACUGAGGAAGAGAGAAUAAGCGCUCAUCGAGAAAUUGACAACCGUCGUCUUCUCUGGCACGGCACAAACAUAGCGGUGGUAGCUGCAAUUCUGAAAACUGGCCUCCGCAUAAUGCCCCAUUCAGGAGGCCGUGUGGGACGGGGUAUAUACUUCGCCUCGGAGAACAGUAAAUCAGCAGGUUAUGUUGGACGGACGUCUAAGAACCUGGGGAUCAUGUUUUUAAAUGAAGUGGCCCUGGGUAAGGAGCAUUACAUCACCCAAAAUAACCCCUCUCUACGUGCCCCCCCUAAGGGCUACGACAGCGUAGUGGCGCGUGGACUUACCGAACCAGAUCCGUCUAAGGAUCGUGAACUGAUUUUGAACGGGCGGAAGAUUGUAGUUCCACUAGGACAACCCAUCCAAAUGUCCAAAUUUCAAAAUUCAUGUUUCACCCAGAGUGAGUACUUGGUGUAUAAGGAGAGUCAGGCGCGUCUCCGUUAUCUCCUACUGCUGCAGUUCUGAGCCCGGUUACAUCUGUUAUCUGUGACAGAUCCUUUUAGGCGCUUUAUUACACAUACUGUAUGACCGUACGCAUGUAUGCACAGCAAGAACUGUAUGCGUUGGCUCAUGUCGUCUUGCAAGCGGUAAUGACAAUUAUGUGCAUUAUAUUGGGAAACCUGUUUGUUGCUGUAAAGAUUACUAAACAUAGCCCCUCCUUAUAAUGUAUACAUACAAAGCUUAUUACUAUAAAUAAUAUAAAGAAAGUCCAGCCAGAUCUAAUAUUUUGUUUGCGCUAUUGCCUAUAAUUAUGUAUAAAUAAUUCAAUAAAUAGAUUUGCUUGCA